UCAGAUCCACUGAGUGCCAAACCUCCACAUAGACACUAAGACUUUGUCUUUUUACACACUUACUACCAGUUUGGUUUGAUUCAACAGUCUGAGGGUUGUUUUGAUCCUGUUGGGUCUUUACGAGCUUUUAUUUGGAAACGUUACCAUCAUGUCGACCGCUGUGGAAGGGACCGGGUUCAUCAUGUGCCUGAUCGGCUGGCUGAUCACUGGAGCAGCGCUCGCUAACGACUACUGGAAGAUAUCCACAGUGUCCGGCAGCGUCAUCAUCUCUCAGAGGCACUUUGAAAAUUUGUGGCACUCAUGCGCCGAGAACAGUGCUGGCAUCGCUGAAUGCCAAGACUUCAUGUCGCUGCUCAGUCUUCCUGCUCACAUCCAGGCAUGUCGUGCUCUGAUGAUCAUCUCUCUGCUGCUGGGACUCUGUUCUAUGAUUGUAUCUCUGCUUGGACUCAAGUGCAUCAAGAUCGGUUCAGCUACAGACCAGUCCAAGGCCAAGCUCGCCAUCACUGGAGGCAUCCUGGGAAUUGUUGGUGGUCUGUCCUCUAUGGUGGCUGUUUCCUGGUAUGCUUUCAGUGUCGUGCAGGACUUCCACAAUCCGUUCACUGGUGGUGUGAAAUUUGAGCUGGGCACUGGCCUCUUCAUGGGAUGGGGUGGAGCUGGUUUACUGAUCCUGGGUGGAGGUUUACUCUGCUGUGCCUGCAAAAGAGUGUCACCUAAAGGCAAGAAAAGUGGUUACUAUGGAAACCCACCACAGAAGAUCUACACCUCAACAGCCAAGUCAGACCCGGGUUCAGGCAGAGCCUACGUCUAAACACCAACACGCCUGUUUUGAUCCCGCUGGAGGACAUGAUUUUUACUGUCUCUGAUCCAUGAACAUUCACUAAA